AUGUCAGACGACGAAGGCGCUGCACCGCUCCGACAGCAGCGGUUCGUGAUAGGCUUGGACUAUGGCACGACAUACACGGGGGUUGCUUUCGCGACUCCCAAUUCCAACCACCUCCCUCUGGACGAGAUCGACCUCAUCGAGGACUGGGGGCCGAACAUGGGCAAUCACAAAAAGAUCCCCAGCGUGAUAUCCUUUUCCCCUUCGACCGAUGCCAUGGAGCAGCAGUGGGGAAGCGACCUCAGCGAGAACGCAAUUUCCAUCAUCCACACCAAGCUGGAGUUGGACCUCCAAGAUGUCGACGGCGAGCUCGACCUGAUGAUCCAGGCUCUGGACGGCAUGGACAACUUCAGCUUCGACCACAUCAAGGGCGCCGGCGCGCUGCACGCCUUCAGCGACAAGUCGGCCGAGCAGGUGGUGACCGAAUAUCUGUCGAGGGUGUUCGAGCACCUGGAGUCAGCGAUUGCCAAUUUCUCCACGUCAUUCAGAGUCCGGGUUCCGGUUGAUAUUGUAGUCACUGUGCCGACGGAAUGGUCUUACAGAGCGAAAAACUCCACCUUCCGGGCACUGACCAACGCUGGUUUCAACGAAGAAUAUUUCCCCCGGCUGGCCAGUGUCAUAUUUAUCACGGAGCCCGAAGCAGCAGCGACAUACACGGCGAGGUACCUAAAGGACGAGAUUCAGCAAAUAUUCCUCAAGCCCAAUUCUUGUUUCAUCCUUUGCGACGCUGGUGGUGGUACAGUCGAUGUCGUAUCAUACAAAGUCAAACAAGUGGAACCGUCACUAGUUCUGGAGAGAAUCGGAGUUCCCACAGGAGACAAAUGCGGAGCUAUUUACAUUGAUAUAGCAUUCAAAGAGUGGUUGCGACAAAUGCUGGGUAACAAAUACUACGAGAAGCUCGACCAAAACCAUGAUCUCCAGAGAAUCAGCUCUCACACGUGCGAGAGCAAGGCCAUGCGCCAGCUGAUGAAGUCUUUCGAUGUGCUGAAGAAAGGUUUCCACAAGAACAAUCGGGAUAUGGCGUUGGAUCUUCCUCCGCCGCUGCACAAUUUGACCCUGGACAACCGAGUGGAUUGUGGCGAGAUCAAGAUUACGAGCGCCACAAUGACGGGAUUCUUCAACGCCUGUGUAGAGACAAUCAUGAACCUGCUGCAAGGACAUAUUCGGCAGAUUGAAAAUGUGAAUAAGCAAUGCAGAAACAUCUUCCUGGUUGGGGGCUUCGGCGAAUCGCCAUAUCUGCAGGAGGAGAUUGAGUUCUCGCUGAGUCUUCGGCGGAUCAAGCUGCGGCGACCGGACACGUCGUGGACGGCUGUGGUGCGCGGGGCGGUGCUGCACGGGAUCGAGAAGGACACCAUCUCGAACCUUUGCCUGGCGACGAAGUGCCCCCGGCACUUUGGCAUCAGCCUGAGCGAGCAGUUCUCGCGCAUUCACCACGAGGAGAGGCACGUGACCAUCAACCCUAUCACCAAAGCCCAGAUCGUCGAAGGCCAGCUGCUGUGGAUGCUCAACAAGGGCGAUUUGGUCUUGUCAGACAGCCCGACCGCCGUCUCCCAGAUGAUUAGCUUGUCAUUCCGCGAGGCCGACAAGACCGCCCAGAAGCUGACUGUCUACUCGUACUCGGACGACGAAGACCGGCCCAGCAGGAUCAAGAAUUCGCUAGAUGACCUCGAAGUCUCGCACGUCCUCGAGUACGACCUGGCCAAGAUCGACCGCAAACGCCUCGAGAGCUCAAAGGGCCGGAUCGGCAAGUUUUACGUCGCCAAGCUGAAGCUGACUCUAUCUCUGUCGGCGCAUCGCUUGGAUUCCAUCCUCUCGUGGGAAGAGACCGAGCUGGCGACCGGGGAGCAGACGUGGUAG